AUGCGGCGGGGCUCAUCUACGGGACUACGGUCUCCUCUCGAACUUCUCGCCCUCCUAUUCACUCUCCUUGUGCCCCUUACGUCCGCCCUACAUUUCGACCUUAUUCCAAAUGUACACUCAGGGAAGCACGAGAGAUGCGUAAGGAACUUCGUUGGGCGUGACCAGCUUGUUGUCAUUACGGCCACAGUGAGCGGUUCAAAGGGUGAUGGACAGGUUGUCAACAUGCAUGUCAAAGGUUCACUAGGUGACGAUUACGCCAAACCAAAAGAUAUCGCCGGCGAGAUCAGACAAAUGUUUACCGCUAGCGCCGACUCUUCGUUCGACGUAUGCUUUGAGAACGUUCUCUCCGGCAGACAUGCUGGCAACAACCCAUCUCGUCAGGUCGAGCUAGGUAUUGAUAUCGGUGCCGAUGCACGCGACUGGGACGCCAUCAAGGUUCAAGAGAAGCUUAAGCCAGUUGAAACUGAUCUACGUCGCAUCGAAGCUAUGAUUAAUGAAAUCGUUGCGGAGAUGGACUUUAUGCGCGCAAGAGAGCAAAAACUCCGAGACACCAACGAGAGUACUAAUGAGCGAGUUAAAUGGUUUGCUUUCGGCACAAUGGGCAUGCUGGUUGGUCUUGGUGUUUGGCAGGUAGUCUAUUUGAGAGCCUAUUUCAGAUCGAAACAUCUUAUCUAA